GGGAUAGAGAUGAAUCGGGGGAUGUGAUGGGGGCGGGGAUUUCACAGGCGUUUCCAUGUUUCAGCCCAGAUGGCGGGCCGGGCCGGUCGGACCCGGACGCCGUCUUCACCCCGAAUACGCCGCUCGACGAGACCCUCGGCCACUCGUUCUGCUACGUCCGCUCCUCCGCUCGGUUCAUCUCCCCGACCCACUCCGAUCGCUUCGUUUCCCCUUCCCACUCCUUCCGCUUCGACGAUCCGGUCCACCCGAGGCCCUCCAAGCCGCCCGGCUUCCCGGAGACCGGUUUCUGGACCAUAUCCGGAGCCUCCGUCGGAGCCAACACCUCCACCCCCAUAACCGUCCUCCAAUUCGACGAUUCCGCCGCCGAUGCCGCCGGGCAGUAUCAUCACUACAGCUGUGACGCGAAUCUCGCCGGCAACAAGGGUUUCGUGGCCGGAAUCCCCAGGGGCGGCUGCAACAGUGUUUCGCUCGAUGGGUUCGAGAGCACGUCCUCGUUCAGCGCCUUGCCCCUGCAGCGGGUCCCACGAGGAUGCGAGCCGCCAUCGGGCCCUCUGGAGAGGGCUUUCUUCAUGUCGGGCCCAAUUGAGCGUGGUGCCCUUUCUGGGCCGCUGGAUUUGGCUGUAUCGAGCGAAAAUAAUGGGGAGGUGCCCUUCUCGGCGCCACUGGGAGGGGUUUAUGUGAAGAAGAGGAAGAAGAAGAGUAUCUCGGGAAUGCGCAAGGCGUUGUACAGAAACUUCUCGGUGGUGCCUGUCGUGAACUUCAUUAGUGGAGGAGGUAAGAAAGAGCUUCCCUCGGCUGACGAUGGUUCUAAAGAGGGAGUGGAAGUUGGCCCUGAAAGCAAUGUGCAGUGGGCUUUAGGAAAGGCGGGAGAGGAUCGAGUGCAUGUGGUGGUAUCAGAAGAGUUAGGCUGGCUGUUUGUGGGAAUCUAUGAUGGAUUUAAUGGACCCGAUGCCCCUGAAUUUCUGAUGAGCAAUCUGUACAAAGCAAUGUAUAAUGAACUAGAGGGUCUGUUUUGGGAGUCGGAAGAUGUUGGAGCUCCAGAAAAUGCACUUGAUGCAGGGAAUAUACCAUCAAAUGCUGAUAGAGAAGGUCCCCAAGAGACACACGAAAUGAAAGGAGGAGAGAUGGGAUCGAAAAUAGUAAAAAAAGUGAUGUUUGGAGGGGAAGAAAUUGAAAUUAGAAGGAGGAGAUUAUGGGAAUACUUAGUAGAGGACGAUCCAGAGGAAGGACUUGAUCUAUCUGGUUCGGAAAGAUUUGCAUUCUCAGUUGAUGAUGCGGUAAGUGUGAAUAAUGCAGGUUCGGCAGUGAGUAGGAGGUCAUUAUUGUUGUCGAAAUUAAAACACGGAUUGUUGAGUAGGCACAAGGAGAAAGAGGGUAGAAGGUUGUUUCCUUGGAAGUUUUGGUCGGAGAGAAAACAUAAAGCAGCAGAGGAAUUGAGGGACAACAACAAUGUAGCUGAUGAUGAGAUUGACAGAAUUGGUAGAACUGGUCGGAAGAGGAAAUUAGGUCUGGUCGAUCAUGACUUGGUAUUAAGUGCAAUGUCUAGAGCACUUGAAGCUACCGAGCAAGCCUACUUGGAUAUGACAGACAGGGUCCUUGAUCGUUAUCCGGAACUUGCAUUGAUGGGUUCUUGCAUGUUGGUUGUAUUGAUGAGGGAUGAAGAUGUGUAUGUGAUGAAUCUUGGGGAUAGCCGUGCCAUUGUAGCCCAGUGCGAAAGUGAAGAUGUAGGUCGUGAUAUAGAACAGCAAAGUCUCAAGGAUGGUGGUUUUGCUGGGGAGGGCAUAGUUGAGGAGUCUGAGAGUACAGCAGUGAAUAAAGCUCAUGCACAUCAAUGUGUGAAUCUGGCUGCACUGCAACUGUCCACUGAUCAUAGCACAAGCAUAGAAGAGGAAGUCAAUAGAAUCAAGAAUGAGCACCCAGAUGACAGCAAUUGUAUAGUGAAUGGCAGAGUUAAAGGCCGUCUUAAAGUAACCCGUGCAUUUGGGGCUGGAUUUCUCAAACAGCGUAAAUUGAAUGAUGCCUUGCUGGAAAUGUUUCGGAAUGACUAUAUUGGUACUGUCCCCUACCUAUCAUGCUCACCAUCUCUACGCCACCACAAACUAUUCCCAAGAGACCAAUUUUUGGUGCUUUCAUCAGAUGGAUUGUACCAAUAUUUUAGCAAUGAAGAGGUAGUUUCACAUGUGCAGAAUUUUUUGGAGAGAUUUCCUGAUGGAGACCCUGCUCAGCACCUCAUAGAAGAGCUCCUCUUCCGUGCUGCCAGAAAAGCUGGAAUGGAUUUCCAUGAGCUUCUGGAUAUUCCACAAGGAGACCGACGGAAAUACCAUGAUGAUGUUACGGUUAUGGUGGUGUCUCUCGAAGGUAGGAUUUGGAAGUCCUCUGGAAAGUACUUAUGAGCAUUUGCGAAUGUUUAGAGUUCGUUUAUCAGCUAAAUCUGAUAAGAACCUCAUCAUUCCAUCUAAGGGAAGCAAGAGAGGAAAGGAAUUCAGGCAUGAUAGAAUUCAUCACGUGCAAUGAAGGCAUGAAGAAAUGGGGGAAAAGAAAAUAGAUGUUCUCAGGGAUAGGAAAUUUUUGUAGUUGCUGCUGUAAACUUGUGUUGGGAAAAAGCAG